AUGGCCGAUGAGGUACGCCGUCGUAACCAGAUGAGCCUUGAACCUCAUAGCCAACAAGACCUGCCUGAUUUGCCAUUUUUCUUGCCUUUCCGUGAAUCUUCCUCGGAUAUCGUAAGGCAAUCCAAAGUAGAUGCCAUAAAGGCAUCUGCUGGGGAAGAAGAUCUGGCUAUUGCAACCGACCAAAAAGGCCACAAUCGCCGUCGUAGUGGUGGGCGGAGCAUGCUGACGCUCUCAGAGCCAGUUCCUGGCCUAACCGAAAUGCUUAUCUCAAGCAGAACUGAUGCUGAUUGUUAG